AUGUCAGAUCAAUCCUCAGAUUCGAAUACUGGUGGAACUGGUGGUAAUAACCCAGGAAGUAAUCGACGACAAUACUACUGUCACUCAUGUAAUAGAAAUAUAGAGCCGUUGAUGGCUCCAGAACUUACUUGCCCUAACUGCAAUGAGGGGUUCGUGGAAGAGAUUGGAGAAAAUAACGAUCCAAGGGACUUUGCUGAACCGGGGAUGGGUCACGAGACUGACGAAGAAUAUGACGAUAACACGACUUUUACAGCAACAGGAAAUCCACCGAAUGGAAAUGAAGUUGUACAGCUUAUUCAGAAUAUGUUGCAACAAUUACUUCAAACCGGACCUAAUAAUCAAUUUCGAGUACUGCAGACGGAGACUAAUGGAAAUACUACUACAACAACAAUAACAGCACAAACAUCGGGUGAUGAACAAGAAGGCCAACAACGUCCAAACAUUUUCUUCGCAAUGGGUAGUGGUGGCACAGAAAUUGGCGAUGGUCGAGCACCUCUUCAUGGUUUUGCGCAAAUAUUCGCGAGAGCAUUAGACGGCCAAAACAAUGCAGCAAACAUUUUUAAUUUAUUUAACAUAAACGGUGAUCCUAGAGAUUAUGCUUGGGGUUCUACAGGAUUUGAUAACAUUAUUUCGCAGUUGAUGGAACAACAAGCUGGGAGGCAAGCACCACCACCAGCAACUGAGGAAAUUAUCAAUAAUUUACCAACGACAAAGAUUACAAAAAAGCAAGUCGCGGAAGAACAAUUGGAUUGCCCUGUCUGCAAAGAUGAAUUUAAUGUAGAUGAAGAGGCUCUAAGUUUGCCUUGUACUCAUUGUUUUCAUAAGGAUUGCGUAGCGCGAUGGUUAAAAGUUAGUGGAACUUGCCCAGUAUGUCGGUAUUCAUUGGUUAAUCAGGGAAACAGUCAGCAAAAUGAUCAAAACCACAAUAAUGGUAACAAUGGCACUGGAUCAUCGAGGUAA